CUGUUUGAAAGCCGUUUAUGGAAAAAGGCCCUUGAAGCAAGGCCUUCAGCGAGGGGCUGAAGAGCACAGUGGCUGAGAGGAGGAGGUGGCAGGGAGACUGUGCAGAGUAAACAAUGGAGUCAGACAUAAAAGGGAAUGAACAUUUUAAAAGCCAGUUUAAGGCUUAUCAAGAACAACAGCAAAGGCGGCUGCAAAAUCUAAUGGAGAGGAAGAAGGAAAAGCAGAACGGUCAGAAAGGUGAUAAUGGCAACACAAAGGAGGCUUUCAGAAUCCCGAAUGAUCUAAACCUGUUUGAAACAGGACAACCUGUAAAUGAAGAUGACGGCAAAAGGUUGCUUGAGGCUGAGAACGAGCAGCUCCAGGACCAGCUUCGAGAGGUCCGAGAUGAGAACUGCAGACUAUACAAACUCGUGACAGAGAAAGAUUUUGAAAUAAAGCAACUCCAGAAAAAAAUACAGGAGGACAGAUUGGCUUUGUCGGGGGCGUCUGGUUUAGCUGGAGAUGUUGCAGCAACUAAAAUAGUUGAAUUGGCCAAAAAGAAUCGUGAGAUAACUGCCGAGACUGAGACUGAAAAAGCCAAAGUGAAGCAACUGAAUAACAAAGUCAAAGAGCUGGAGAAAGAACUACAGACAGCCGUAGAAAAAAUACAUUCUCUUGGUGGUGGUGAUGCAGGAAUCAAGCAAUCAACUCUGAAGACGAUAGAAGGAAACUUGGCUGAAAGUCCAGAGGUGAAAGCGUUGCAAGAAAAAUUAACCACAGCCAACUUUAAAGUGAUGGAGUAUCGUAACCAACUCCAAUCUGCAAAACAGGAACUGAAGAUGACCCAAAAGCUUUUAGCAAAUGAAGUUGGUGAAGAUGUGAAUAUUCAAAGUCUCUUGACCAAUUCUGGCAGCUGGCGUGGACGAGCCCAGCAAAUUCUUGUUCUCCAAAGCAAGGUUCGGGAGCUGGAGAAUCAACUGGGUCAAAACAAGACCAGAACAUCACUGAGUGAGAUUGAUGAGGAACUGCUGGCCCUUACGGAUCCAAGGAAAUUGUCAGCCCAAGAGAAGAACUUGCUGAAGAUUCGCAGCUUGGAAAAAGAAAAGAAAGAAACUUUGGAGAAACUCACUGGGGAACAUGAUGCUCUCCAAAAAAGUCAUGAGGAAGUGAAAAAAAAACUUGAUGCAUCAAAAGCCAGGAACAAAGUACUGUGCAGCGAAGUGAAAACCCUGAAGGGACAGAUCGUAACCUUGCUGGAGAAAGGAAAACACGACGAUGAGCUCAUAGACGCCUUACUGAGCCAGCAGAAGCAAAUGCAGGAGAUCUUAAAGCACCUGAGCCAGCAGGACGAGAAGAACAAGGAGUCCCAGCAGAUGCUAGGGCAGCACUUGAACAGUGAGGUUCAGAAACAAAACUGCCUUAUAGAGCAGCUCAGACAGAUGGUGGCUGAACGAGAAGCAAAGGUUAAAGAGCUGGAAGAGGAGAUUGGGCAACUCACACUUCAGAAGAAAUCUGCCCAUCAAGGGGACGGUUCAGGAGCUGCUGAUACACCACCUUCUGAGCACUCAGAAAAUCCAGGUUUUACUCUGCUUAAGCCUCUGGCAUCAGGCAGCAAUCAGGUUGGAAGGACUGGAUCUGCUCGGACAGUGUCCAAGAUGGGCCAUACGCUUGUAGAGUCAGCAGCUACUAAGCCUUCCCUUCUCAGUAAUAACGUCACACCUGGAAGGCUUGCUGGCAGUGACAGCCUGGAUUUGAAAGUGCUGCAGACACAAAUCACAGAGCACAAGGCUCUCUGCCAGGCUGCUGAAGUGGAAAGAGACAGGCUCCUGGAACUGGUCACUGUGCUGCAGAAAAGGGUGGAGGAAGGCAGCGAUAAAGUCCUGGAAGCUGAGAAGAGGCUUCAAGAAGAGCGGCGGCGAUGUGUCAUUUUGGAACAGCAGCUUGAAAAACUGCAGAUGGAUCCGGGGAGGAACACAAGUACACAGAAGCCUCCCCUGAGGAGCAAAACAGGCCAGUCUGCAAGUCACUCAAGACUCACCUCGAAUGUGAGCGAUAGGAAGGAGCUCUCUGCAGCCCAGCUUUCCAAGUUGCCUCUGGAAUCGCAGAUAGAGGAGCUGAGCACAAGGCUUGUGAUCCAGCUGGAUGAGAACGAAGCUCUGAAGGCCGCUUUGGAGACUACUGUGAGAAAGAAAGAGGAAGACUUUAAACUGUAUCAAGACACAAUGGACCAAGUGAAGGAUAUCUUUUUACAGGCCAUUCGGCAGCAGAAACAAGAGAAGAGUUAAGCAAGAUAUUCAGAGUCCUUUGGACUGCAAAGCAGGGAGAGAGCCCAGGCAUCGUGCCCAUGAAUUGAAAUGCAGUGGCAGUGCCGUUUUGCAGCCUUGGAUCAUGUCAUUUCUUUAGCAUUUGCAGAAGAGGAUGAGAAAUGGAGAUGAAAUACAAAAAGAGUGAAGGUUUUGCAUGUCAGCAAAUUCUG